GGAGGUUAUUCUAACGUCCUUGAAUUACUGAUUACGUCGUGUUGUAAAGGAAGGGGCAUGUUCAUCAAUGCGUUCGCAGUUCUCGCUGAAACAUAAAGUGUGUGUUGUGUGUGUGCCGUGCUAGCGAUUUAAGUUGUGCACUGUGAAAGCCACAACUACGCUACAAUGCUUGUACCUAAAACGUUAAUUAGACACUUGAUUAAAUGCAGCUUGAGUGUUAGAACAUAUUCAUCUGCUUUAAAAUCAGCGAAAUUAAGUGAAGUUUGUGUAGAUUCAUUAAAAGGAAAUGACAACGGAAUAAUAGUUCUUGGAUUGAACAGGCCGAAAGCAAGAAAUGCGUUAGGAAAGACAAUAGUCUCGGAACUAACAGAUUUACUGGAGAAUUUAAAACAUCUCGAUGAUGCUCGUGUAGUAAUAUUAAGAAGUUUGGUGCCUGGUGUGUUUUGUGCUGGUGCUGAUCUUAAGGAAAGAUUGGAAAUGAAAGAAGAUGAAGUAUUGCCAUUUGUUAAUCGGCUUAGGUUUAUUGUGAAAUCUACGGAAAGUUUACCGAUGCCGGUAAUAGCAGCUCUUGAUGGUCUUGCUGUUGGCGGAGGAUUUGAGAUGGCUUUAGGCUGUGACAUUAUAGUUGCGUCGAAUACGUGCAAAAUGGGACUAGUAGAGACAAAAGUUGGCAUCCUUCCGGGUGCAGGAGGAACACAGAAGUUACCUCGCCUCGUUGGCCCUGCGUUUGCAAAGGAAUUAAUUUUCACCGCCCGAACUAUCAGUGGUGUUGAAGCUUACGAGAGAGGCAUUGUGAACUACGUUGUGGAACAGAAUGAACACAACGAUGCUGCCUAUCAAAAGUCACUAGCAGUUGCUAGAAGUAUACUUCCGAAUGCGCCGGUUGGCAUUAGGAUGGCAAAAAAGGCAAUUAAUAAAUCAAUGGACGUAGACAUCAACACAGGUUAUACCAUUGAGGAAGCUUGCUAUGCUCAGGUUAUAUCAACCAAAGACAGAAUUGAGGGACUUGCAGCAUUUAGAGAAAAACGACCUCCUAAAUUUACUGGCAGCUAAGCCCUUCGUCAUUUGUAGAACGAAAAUGAACUACAAACCACUUGGAGGUUAAAGGACAUAGUCCAGUUUCAUGUUACAAUUACAUAGUGACUGACUGCAGAUGAAAACUCUUUCAUUAAAUAUGUAAAGCUUGUUUGAAACAGCUUCAUGUAAAAUGGUUUCAGGUUUUCGGGUAAAGCUGUUAGUAGUUCCUUUAAUCACAAUCUGUUAUUGUUACUGCAUUUUUUAAUUUGAAAUUCUUAUUUGUGCAGUAACAGAAAAAAAUCCUGAAGUGUGCACGGUGUUCACUAUAAGCAUUGUCUCAGUGUACUUGCCUUCCUUUCUUAGUCCUUCAAAUCACUUUUCUCAGAAACAAUUAUUUUUUAUUCAAAAACAUUGGUUUUGCCGGUUCACAAACUCACAUUUCCAAUCUAGCUUACACCAUAGAUGCGUUUCCACAACUAAUAUUUCUUUAAAUUGUAAUUUACUCAUACUGAUAAUUCUGGGAAUUCAUUCUAGUUUCCUUUUUUUAUGUUAGGUACAAGAAAGUAAUUACUUUGAACAGAAAGAACGCUGCUGUUCCUUAUUUUAUAUCAGUCAGUUCUUGUUUUUAUAUGUAUUUAAAACAAAGUAUUUAUGUAAGUUGACACAGUCCACCAUCAGCUGUUUAUAUACUGUGAAGUCGUACAUUAUUAAGUGGGAUAUAAUUCCACUAGUCCAAGUUAUGGAGUUGAGCCAGGCAUUAAGGCCUUCAUUGGAUAUUGUCAUUUUAAUGAAAGAUUCUGGAUCUGGUGUCGACCUGAAGGUUGAUUUGAGCACGGUGAUGCUAUACUAGGGACGGUUCUAUGGAGUUGACGUGCCUUUGCUUUCCUGUCAUCUUUCAACAGGCUUAUCUGCCUGUUAUAGGAGAGUUACAGUUUAACAUGGGCUGUGAACUGUUGUGCAACUUGAUAGGUUUUUUCCCCACAUCACUGUUAGAGAUGCUGUUACUGAAUCUUGAGUGGAGACAGAGCCAAUACAGAAGUGUCUGAUUCCACCUGUCUGCUUUGACCCAUGACGUCAUCAAGAUGGCGGACACCCCUUGUCCCAGUAUAUACAAUACGGCAAACAUAAAGUCUAGAUACACCCACAGCAAAAUAUUUCACUUCAACAAUAAAAUGAAACAGUGAAAGUAUAGGGUCUUGGGCAGAGACAAGGUAAAUAUACCAUAAUAAUGUCAAUAUUCAUAAACAACAAUACCGAAAAACAACAAAUAUGAAAACCUCGAGAAUAAACCAGACAAAAAUGUCCGAGAAAUCUGGAACCAAAUAUUUCACUUGACUUACAAUGCUCCAAGGAAAACAAUGAUACCAGCCAGCUCUCCCCCCCCCUCCCCCCUCCCCCCCCG